UUGUCUGGUGUAGUUUUGCAGCAGGGGCCAGGGCCAAGAAGUUCCUUCCUCACAGAGGGAGUGAGGCUUAGGACCAUACUAAUACCUGCCCUGGACUUAAGGAGACCAAAGACCUGCUAAACCUGGAAUCUUACAUCAGAUUUUGCGAUACGAGUGAAGAAAGGGAAUUUCUUUUCCGUUUUGUGGAGAUUUGAGAAGAUUCAACAUGGAGUCGGGCGGUGGGACAGCAGCUUUGGCCUCGUUCAUCAUGAAUGAGGAAGAACUAAAGAGAAAGCAGAGGGAGAAGCUGAAGAAACUGCAGGCCACUGGAGGAAACCCUCGACCUCCACGUUCCCUGUUCUUAUUCACGCUCAAAAACCCUUUCCGCAAGACCUGUAUCAACAUUGUGGAAUGGAAACCUUUUGAGAUCAUUAUCCUGCUAACCAUCUUUGCUAACUGUAUAGCUCUGGCUGUGUUUCUUCCAAUGCCUGAAGAGGACACCAACAACACUAACUUAACACUGGAGAGUCUGGAGUACAUCUUUCUGGUCAUUUUCACGUUGGAGUGCUUUCUGAAGAUAAUAGCCUAUGGGCUUCUGUUUCAUGAUGGAGCCUAUUUACGAAAUUGUUGGAACAUACUAGACUUUGUCAUUGUGUUCAUGGGGCUGUUCACACUAGUUGUCGACACUAUUAACUCAGUAGGUGGAGUUCCUAAAGAGAAGGGUGGAGGUUUUGACAUGAAGGCGCUCAGGGCGUUUCGAGUGUUGCGACCGUUGCGCCUCGUCUCAGGAGUUCCCAGCCUGCAGGUGGUGAUGAGCUCUAUUAUGAAAUCCACGUUGCCUCUCUUCCAUAUUGGUCUGCUGGUCUUCUUCAUGGUCACCAUUUAUGCCAUUAUGGGCCUGGAGCUGUUCAAGUGUAAAAUGCACAAGACGUGUUACUAUCAGGGCACUAAUAUCAUCGCUAUCAGAGAGAAUGAGAAACCUUCACCCUGCGCUCAGGCCGGACACGGGCGUCCCUGUACCAUCAAUGGCACUGAAUGUCGGGCAGGUUGGCCUGGUCCUAACUUUGGAAUCACUCACUUUGACAACUUUGGCUUUGCCAUGCUUACAGUAUUUCAGUGUAUCACAACGGAAAGCUGGACUGAAGUGCUCUACUGGGUCAAUGACGCUCUGGGAAAUGACUGGCCUUGGAUCUUCUUUUUGACUCUAAUUAUGCUGGGAUCCUUUUUCAUUCUCAAUCUGGUUCUUGGAGUUCUGAGCGGAGAGUUUACUAAGGAAAGAGAGAAGUCCCGUUCGCGAGGAGAGUACCAGAAGCUACGAGAGACACAACAGAUGGAUGAGGAUCUGAAAGGUUACAUGGAGUGGAUCACUCAGGCUGAAAUGGAUGAAGAUAUGGCGGCACUUCUUUCUAGAAGGGACACGGGAUCAGAGACAGACAGCCUAUACCAGAUGGAGGGGCUCAACCGGGUGAUAUAUUUCUACCGACUAGCCCGUCGCUGGAAUGUUGUUUUACGAAAGAAGUGUCAUGUUUGGGUGAAAUCUAAAUUCUUUGGCUGGUGGGUAAUCUUCGUUGUGUUACUCAACACUUUGGUCAUUUCUACGGAGCAUCACCAGCAGACUCGAGGCUUAACAAAUUUUCAAGACACUGCUAAUAUAAUCUUGCUCGGCUGUUUCACGCUUGAGAUGGUUAUGAAGAUGUAUGCAUUUGGACCGAGAUCCUACUUCAUGUCAGUCUUUAACCAAUUUGACUGCUUUGUGGUCACGAUCGGCAUUUUUGAGGUAUUCCUGGUCGUAUCGGACAUCAUGACACCACUGGGCAUCUCUGUUAUGAGAUGCAUACGACUUCUGCGCUUGUUUAAGCUCACAAGGUACUGGAAAUCACUUAGUAACCUGGUUGCAUCUUUACUCAACUCAAUCAAAUCCAUCGCCUCCCUCCUCCUGCUCCUCUUCCUCUUCAUUGUCAUCUUCGCCCUCCUCGGCAUGCAGGUCUUUGGCGGGAAAUUCAACUUCCCCGACAGAGAGAUACAGCGCAGCAAUUUUGACAACUUUCCUCAGGCCCUCAUCAGUGUGUUUCAGGUCUUAACUGGAGAAGAAUGGGACACAAUCAUGUUCAAUGGAAUCAUGGCUCAUGGUGGACCUGCAUCUCCGGGAAUUCUUGUCAGCAUUUACUUCAUAGCCCUCUAUUUCUGUGGAAACUUCGUUCUUUUAAAUGUGUUCUUGGCCAUCGCUGUGGACAAUCUGGCUGAAGCUGAGAGUUUGACAGAAGCACAGAAAGAAAAAGCAGAGGAGAAAGCAAGAAGAAAGCUCAUGAGAUCCAUGCCAGAGAAGAAUGAGGAGGAGAAGGCCCUGAUGGCCAAGAGACUGAUGGAGUCCAGGUCGAAAGCUGAAGGGAUGCCCACCACAGCUAAACUCAAGAUAGACGAGUUUGAAUCAAAUGUGAAUGAAGUGAAGGAUCCCUUUCCUCCCGCAGACUUUCCAGGUGAUGAUGAAGAAGAGGAACCAGAGAUUCCCAGCAGCGCUAGACCCAGACCCAUGGCCGACCUGCAGCUCAAGGAGACAGUGGUGCCCAUGCCUGAAGCCAGCUCCUUCUUCAUUUUCGGCCCACAGAAUAAGUUCCGGAAGCUUUGCCACAGGAUCAUCAACCACACCACCUUCACCAACAUCAUUCUCCUCUUCAUCCUCCUCAGCAGUAUCUCUCUGGCCGCUGAAGACCCCAUCGACCCCCGUUCGUUCAGAAACAAGGUCUUGGCUUAUGCCGACAUCGUCUUUACGACCGUCUUCACCAUUGAGAUCGUACUGAAGAUGACUGUUUAUGGAGCUUUCCUGCAUACGGGCUCUUUCUGCCGAAACUCCUUCAAUAUUCUGGAUCUCAUCGUUGUGGGCGUUUCACUCUUGUCUAUGGGAAUGGAGUCUAGCACCAUCUCCGUGGUGAAAAUUCUCAGGGUUUUGAGGGUCCUCAGACCUUUAAGAGCCAUCAACAGAGCCAAAGGAUUGAAGCAUGUUGUCCAGUGUAUGUUUGUGGCCAUAAAGACCAUUGGUAAUAUCGUCCUGGUCACCAUGCUCUUAGACUUCAUGUUUUCCUGCAUUGGAGUUCAGCUUUUCAAGGGCAAGUUAUAUUCAUGUACGGAUCCCUUGAAGAAGACAGAAAUGGAGUGUCACGGAACAUUUAUAAAGCAUGUGCAGAGCUCUCUUCAUGACAUGGAGGUGGAUCAGAGACAGUGGGUCAACAGCAAAUUCAACUUUGACAACGUGCUGAACGGCAUGCUGGCUCUCUUCACCAUCUCCACGUUUGAGGGCUGGCCAGAGCUUCUAUAUACAGCCAUAGACUCGGAUGCAGUGGAUUCGGGUCCCGUGUACAACAAUCGAGUGGGCAUCUCCAUUUUCUUCAUCAUCUACAUCAUCAUCAUUGCCUUCUUCAUGAUGAACAUCUUUGUUGGUUUUGUCAUCGUCACUUUCCAAGAGCAAGGAGAGCAGGAGUAUAAAGACUGUGAGCUUGACAAGAACCAGCGUCAGUGUGUGCAGUAUGCGCUAAAGGCGAGACCCCUCAAGUGCUACAUCCCCAAAAAUCCACACCAGUAUCGUGUCUGGUACUUCGUAACCUCCUGUUACUUUGAGUAUCUCAUGUUCUUCCUCAUCAUGCUCAACACACUGUGUCUCGGAAUGCAGCAUUGCAACCAGGCCGAUUAUAUUACCAAACUCUCAGACACUCUCAAUCUCAUCUUCACCGUCCUCUUCACUGCCGAGAUGGUCGUCAAACUCAUUGCAUUCAAAGCUAAGGGUUACUUUGGAGACCCCUGGAACGUGUUUGAUUUUGUCAUUGUGAUCGGCAGUAUCGUUGACGUGGUCCUCAGUGAAGUUGACACUGCGCUGGAAUCCAGUGGAGGAUUGUGGUGUCUUCACGGUUGUGCUGAAGUGAAUCCAAUGCAGGCUAUAGCUGAUGAAGAAAAUGUUAAAAUUACCAUCACCUUCUUCCGUCUGUUCCGUGUGCUGCGUCUCAUUAAAUUGCUCAAUCGUUCAGAAGGGAUCAGGAAUCUUCUCUGGACUUUUAUCAAGUCCUUCCAGGCACUGCCUCAUGUGGGUCUCCUCAUUGUCAUGCUGUUCUUCAUCUAUGCUGUCAUUGGGAUGCAGAUGUUUGGUAAAAUUGCACUGGUCGACGGUACAGAGAUCAACCGCAACAACAAUUUCCAAACAUUCCCGCAAGCCGUUCUGUCAUUAUUUCGUGUUGCAACUGGAGAGAGAUGGCCUAAAAUCAUGGUGGCCUGUAUGUAUGGAAAACUCUGUGACCCCAAAUCAGACUAUGGUCCUGGAGAGGAAUACACCUGCGGCUCCAGCAUUUCCGUUUUCUACUUCCUCAGCUUUUACAUGCUGUGUGCGUUUUUGGUUAUCAAUUUGUUUGUGGCCGUCAUUAUGGACAACUUUGAUUACCUCACUCAUGAUUGGUCGAUCCUCGGCCCGCAUCACCUGGAUGAAUUCAAGAAGAUCUGGGCCGAGUAUGACCCUGAAGCGACGGGACGAAUCAAACAUCUGGAUGUGGUCACUCUUCUGCGGAGGAUUCAGCCACCGUUGGGCUUUGGUAAAUUUUGUCCUCACCGUUCAGCGUGUAAGAGACUGAUUUCCAUGAACAUGCCGCUAAACAGUGACGGAACAGUGACCUUCAACGCCACUCUCUUUGCAUUGGUCAGAACCGCUCUCAAGAUCAAAACUGAAGGAAACUUCGAGCAGGCCAACGAGGAGCUGAGAGCCAUUAUUAAGAAGAUUUGGAAGCGGACCAGUAUGAAGUUGUUGGACCAGGUCAUUCCUCCCAUUGGAGAGGAUGAGGUCACCGUAGGAAAGUUCUACGCCACCUUCCUGCUUCAAGAACACUUCCGCAAGUUCAUGCAGCGACAGGAGGAAUAUUACGGUUACCGGCCAACCAAAAAGAACGCGGCUGAGAUUCAGGCAGGUCUGCGCAGCAUCGAGGAGGAAGCAGCACCUGAAUUGCACAGGGCCAUCUCAGGUGACCUGAUCGCAGAAGAUGAGAUCGAGCGUGCAAUGGAGGGUGGAGAGGAGGGCAUCUACAGGCGUACAGGAGGUCUGUUUGGAAUUAAUGCGGACCCCUUCGCCUCUGAGCCCAACAGCCCUUUAUCCACACAGGUGACUAGCCAGAGACCCCUUCAGUUUGCAGAGACCCAUCUGGAGGACAUUGAGUCCCCCCCUGACUCUGUCUUCCUUCCUAACACCGAGUUCUUCCCUGAUAACAUCCAAACAACAAGCAACAACAACAAUGCCAACUUCAUUGAUGACAUCUCAUCUAGGAUUACAUUUGAGAGCGAGUCUCAGGAUACAAGACACUCUAGUUUGUAUGAGGGCGGAGCCUCGGGUGCUGAUGACAGGAUGCUGUCAGGGUUUACUGUGAGAACAGAUACGGACACACAGUUCCCCUAUAAUCCAUCAUAUGGCACUUCAGAGAACCUGAGAGCAACAAGAGAAGAUUCAUCAGCCACCAACAAACUCAUUCAGCAGGCACUGAGACAUGGUGGAUUAGAUUCAUUGGCUGAGGACCCAAAGUUUGUGUCUGUGACUAGAAAGGAACUGGCAGAAGCCAUUAAUAUCGGCUUGGAAGAUAUGGAGGGGUUGGCUAAGGGUAUUCUAAACGGGCAGACCCCCAAAGCACCCAAACGUAGACGCCGUCCCAUCCCAGUCCCACCCAGCGCCAAACCCAAGGAAGACACUACUGCAGUGUAGAUAGAUAUUCAGAAAUAAUUAUCAUAUUUAUGUGACAUCAUCAACCUGAAUUGUAUGCCCUUGUUCAAGUUCACUUACUUGACAGUUUGUAAACAGUGUUCUUGUUGUUUUAAAAACAGUGAUCACCCAGAAAAUUUGUCCAAUCUUUACGGUGGUAUUUAUGUUUUACUGAGUGAUAAAAAGCACAGUAGUUAACAUGACUGUCACUACUUUUAAGUACUGAACUCUGUGUAUUUUUCUGAUGGGUAAUCUGAUUCAGGGACUGAUUUCUGGUUUGGUGACUGAACAUAUCAGGCAUCCUACAUAGAAGUAAUCAAACUUCUGUUCUGUGAACAUACACAAUAAACCUACACUUGAGCGAGAUGGAUAUAAUACCGACAAAUUACUUGUUUUUUAAUCUGGAUGUCCCAUUGAAACACAAAGGAACAUUUUUUCACAUGUGCCUUGUGAACAAGCGAUGGUUUAAAGCUGCACAUAUUUGUAAAAGUCAAAUGGCGUACAGCUAAAAUGUAAUGUUUAUAGAACACAUUGAAACACAACAAUCAUUUAAAACUUUUUGUAAUGUUAAAACAUGAUUUUUGUUUAAUUUAAUUGAUUAUAAUGCUGACAUGUCUUGUUUCCAAGAAAAUGUUUAGCAAUGAUUAAUUUUAGAAACUCUGUAUUCUGAAAAUUGUUAUUUGAAUUUGUAUUAUGUAUGCUAGCAAAAUAAGCACACAUGGAAAAUGUUUGCAUGCUUGUGCCCUUUGGUUGCUGUACAACAUGCAAAGCAUUUCAUUUGUAUUUUACUUACUCAUUUAACAGUUAAAAGGUUGGGUAAAUCUUUAAAAUGUGGCAUUUUAGUUGCAAAUUGAGCUCAUCUGCAUGUUUGUUUAUAUGAGUUUUACGUUCUUGGAAAUAUCUUCCUCAAUGCUCACAGUAGGACAGAAUUUCCAAAGAAAAGACACAUUGGCUAGCACAAGAUAAAAGCUCACUUUUGCUGCGAAGGGUUAAAGUUUGUGUCAAUCCAAGCUACUUGGUUUUAUUGGACAUUGAGAUAAGGGGAAUGGGAUCAGGACGUGACGCAGGCCGGAUUCGAACCUGUGUCCCUCUAAGCUGCUUUCUUAAAUGUGUCGUUAGCGCAUGCACUACCCACUGUGCUGAUUUCUUGUCAUUUUUUAUUUUAGCUUCUAGAAAAAUGUGACGCUUGCUUUGACUUUGUAAUAUACAUUGGUGCAGAUGGUAACGCUUUAAUAUUGUCAGUUGUAAAGUACAAAAUCCCUUUAGUGCAGGUGCUUGACUAGAACAGCAAUGUAAGAGACGUUUUUCUAUUUUCUCUGUGUAGAUUUUGAUUACACUAACUUUAACAUGUUACACGUUUUGAAGAAGCACAUUUUAAUAAAAAACGUGUCGACUUGGAUAUCACAGACUAAAGUCUUAAAGCUGUGUAUGAAGUAUAAAUGAUUGGUUUGCAUUCUUUAGACAAACAAAUCAUUUCAUUCAAGUCUUUGAAACAAUCUAAUAAACAGGUGACAGACCUGAAAAAGAAUUUGUUGUUUCAAUGUCUUUUUUUUCUUGCUUUCAAGAUUUUUCUUUCAUUACUCCAUGCAUCACUA